AUGAAAAGAAGUGAGAAAAAUAUAGAAUUACAAAAAUGCUACCCACAUGAAAUUAAUAAAAAUAUCUUGUGUAAAAAUGAAACGAAUAUAGAAUAUCCUUUUUAUAUAAAUUAUGAAAUCUUACUAAAAAAUUGUAGACAUAAACAUAAACAUAGACAUAAUUACAUCGACUUAAAUUUAGAGGUGAAUUACAAUUUGGAAGAAAUAUUAGAAAAUAAAGACAGCAUUAAAAAAAGCUUGUAUUUGAAUAAUAUAACAAAUAACAAUAAUUUACAUAAAAAUAAAAUUAAUAAUGAGGGCUAUAAAAAAAAAAAAAAAAAAUAUUAUUAUGACGACACUUGUUAUUAUGUGAACUUAGCAAGUAACCCUAAUCAUGUUAAUUGUAACAAAAAAAAAGAAAUCAAAAAUAGGUGUUACCAAAAUGAAUAUAACAUCCCAAGCAAUUGGUCUACCUCCGACAGUAGUAGCUACUGUUCAGAUAUUUCUGAAAAUUCUUCAAAAAAUGAAAUAACAAAAUUUAUGAAUUUUUCUCAAAGAAUUACAUAUGAUAAUGAUUUAGUAGAUAACUUAAAUUUAUUUGAUAAAAUAAUAAACGAUAGGGAGGAAGUUGACAAAAAUAAAAAACAUAUCACAUGUAGUUAUCUGACUACUCAACUGAACGAUAAGGAGAGAGGGAAAAAAAGAAGUAAACUCCUCUCAUCCUUUGUCAGUAAAACGGGGGAUAACAGCGACAAUAAUAAUGACAAUUAUAGUGAUAAGCAUAAUGAUAGGCAUAAUUAUUGGAAUAGUAAUUGCAAUAAUGAAGAUGCUCAAGGUGAACCUAGCUCAGUGUUCAAUACAGAAAAGUCAAAACAAUGUCCUAUCCCCAGUAAUGCGCCCUGUAGCGAGGAAAGGAGGGGUAGUAGCUACUUGAGGGACCAAUCCGAAGGCAAUUUCACUGAAUAUAACAUGGAAAAUAGCCGUUCGGUAGAUAUGAAAAUAUUCAAAAGCAGUAACAGCUUAUGUAGUAGAAAAACAGAGGAAGAAAUAUUAAAUAAAUAUGAGAAAAUAAUAAAAAUUAUGAAAUAUUUAAGAAGAAUAAAAGCCAAAUAUCCUGAAAUAGAAACUACUGUUUCUAUUUUAUCCAAUCACAUUAAAAAUGUAACAUUCAACUGUGAAAAAAUGUUUCAGUCCAGACAAGAAUUAAAUGAAUUCCUAAAAAAGAUAUACAUCUAUCAAAUUUUUCUCCUAAAAAAAGUAGUUUUUAAAAUCCCUAAGACUAAGAAGGAUGGAGAUUUUAGUAGAUGCAGCAACAAUAACGCGCCAAUAAAUAAAAUGCGAUUUAUUUCUGCUGAUCAGCAAAAUUUAAGGGAUAAUACUAUUAUACCAGACGAGACUAGCAGAGAAGCUAUUUACAUGCUUCAACAAUUAAACAAAAACAAAUCCUUCAAAAUACCAAGAAAUAUAUUAUAUCAAAAUGAACAGAAUAAGGAAAAUGAAAAGUUCAAUAUAAAAAGAGAAGAUUAUAAUAAAAUAAGAUAUGAAAAAUGUUAUGGUAAAAUAGAUAACGAUGUACAAGGAAUAACAAGUAAAAAAGAUGAAAAAAAUGAUAGUCCAAAUAGAAGUGAAGAAUAUACAAUGUAUGAAACGUAUGCUGGUAGAAGCGGAGGAAGUAAUCAUAAAUACGAUGGUAGUAAAGUAGUUAAUGAAAAAAUACCUAAAAAGGAUACUUACCAAGGUGAUAUAAAAAAAAAUGAAAAUAAUUAUAAAAACAGGUUCAACAGUUACAACACCGAAGAUGUAGAAACAGCUUGCUCACAUUAUGCUGAUGCACAAGAUAAUUAUGAAGAAGCGUUAAAAAAUAAUAUGUAUAAAAUUGAAAAAAAUAUUAUUAGUAUGACAAAAAAGCAAGGUCAGAAGAAAAAUGAACAUAUUUUAAAUGUUAACGAUGAAUUGAAUGAAAUAAUUAUCAAUCAUAAAAGCGAUAGAACAGAUGUUUUACAUAAAAAUAAAACCUUACCUGUUAAUACAAAAACAAAUUUAUAUAAUGAUUUUGGUAAAAGAAAGAACAUACCUUUUAACAAAUACUUAAAUAAAUAUGAAUCCAACAAGGGAAAUUUAAGAGAAUCAUAUAAUCUUAACAGUAGAGACAAUAUAUCAAAUUUAACUCAUAAAGAAAGGGAUACUUUAAGUGAUGCCUUUAAAAAUGAUUACUUAAAUGUUAUAGACAAAAAAACUAAAAAGGAAACAAAAAAGUUUUUAUUAAAGGAUGAUUUAAAGUUCAACGCACUUAACUUAGAAAGCGACGAUAUUGCUAUAAGAAAAAAUAUGUCGAAAAAUGAAAGAAUUUCAAACGAUUGCCCUGAUAAUGUGAAAAAUAGUAAAAAAACACUUGUGUUAUAUUAUGACAUAAACAAAGAAUUAAAUGUAAUUUCUAAUAGGGACUCCGUCAUACAAGCCUUAAAGCAAACCCUCUUGAACAAACCCCAAAAUUUUACGGCUCUGCAAAAUUUUCUAUUUAAAAUAGACGUCGAAUUAGUGGAGUACAAAAAUUUCAUUUUGUUGAUAACUAAGAAUAUAAAGAAACCUCACUUAGAAGCUUUGUACGGUUUGAAUGACUUUUCUGUAUUUGAGAAGGUGUAUGGGAAAAAGGUGGCCCCUCGAUAUUUAGUUUCAAGAAAAGUUAAAAUUUUUUAUAAGUACGACAUAUUUUAUCAAAGCUUUAAAGAGCUUGAAAAUGCACGAGGUUUCAGCGGAAUAACUGACGCAGUAGAGUUAAUUUAA